GCAGGUGAAUAAAGGAUGGAAGCUAUUUUGACCAGACUAAAGCAGCUUAGCCACGAUGAGCUGCGACAGGAAAUCAUCGAUGCUGGACUGAAAUGCGGACCCAUAACUCCAACCACUCGCUUCAUUUUUGAGAAGCGGCUAGCACAGGCUUUGUUGGUGCAACGGGCAGGAGGAGAAACCAACAAGGUACCAGAACCAAUCAGUGUUUCAGCAAAGCCCGGGGAGAAGGAUGACAGUGGGUCGCCCGGUGUUUCAAGCAGCUGCGAAGAUGGACAUUUUGGGUACGACGUGGGCCUGAACCCUCCAGACGAGACAGCAUUGUCAAACACGAAUAACCUGGCUUUUAAUGGCUUGCAAACCAGCUCCCAGCAGCCACGAGGUUCAGCCCCCUCGGCCUCCUCACUAUAUUAUGGGGUUUGUCCAGUCUGGGAUGACAUCAUGUCCAGGAAUGACCGAGCCCAUGUGUAUUCGGAUAAAAAGGAAGCUCUCCAGGCUGUAAAGCUGAUGAAAGGCUCCAGGUUCAAGGCUUUCACUAGCCGGGAAGAUGCAGAGAAGUUUGCUAGAGGCAUUUGUGAUUACUACCCCUCCCCGAGCAAGUCAUCUGCUUGUGUAUCUCCAGUGAAAGCUGGAGUCAUGUAUAACAGAGAUGGAAUGUCUCCCGACGUGGAAACUGCAAACAGGGAGCGGGCAAACAGUUACAAAAGCCCACGCUCCCAGGACCUGACGUCCAAGCUUCGCAAGGCUGUGGAGAAAGGAGAUAAGUCGGCCCUGUUUGAUUAUGUGUGGAGUAAUCCACGCUACCUGAUCGGCUCUGGAGACAAUCCCACAGUUUUACAGGAAGGCUGUCGGUACAAUGCCAUGCAUGUUGCUGCCAAGGAAAAUCAGCCACUGAUUUGCCAGUUUCUGUUGGACACGUUGGAGAACCCUGAAUUCAUGUUGCUGAUGUAUCCAGACGACAAUGAGAUUAUGCUGCAGAAACGCAUCAAAUAUAUUGUCGACCUUUACCUCAACACACCUGAUAAAGUGGGGUUUGAUACUCCUCUGCACUUUGCUUGCAAGUUUGGACAUGCUGAAGUGGUUAAUGUGUUAUGUUCCCAUCCUGACAUUGUCAAAACGUCGAAGAACAAGUAUGAACACACUCCUCUAGAGGUUAUCUGUGAGAGGAGCAGAACCCACAGUGAGGAGUUAAAGGAAAAAAUCAGAGAGUAUUUACAGGAUCGAUAUUACGUGCCAUUGCUCAGGGACACUGACAACUCCGCCCUGCCUGUCAUUGGUUUCCCCUGGUCGCCUGAGCAGUCAGAUAACCUGUCCUGUGCAUCUCUACCCAGGCUGACUGGGAACCCUAAGGAUCCAGUUAUGGCCGUUAGAGCCUUUGCAGGACCCAUGACACCCAGUAAGGCGGAUGAAUUUCGACGAGUGUGGAAGACUCCACCUCGAGAGAGAACAAACCUCUUCCAUCAGUUUAAAAAGGCAGACCCCGAGCGAGGCUACGAGAGAGUUGGGAGGCAUCUGGCUCACGAAAUGGGGUAUCCCUGGGCAGAAUACUGGGAAUUCCUGGGCUGCUUCACCGACCUGGCCAUGCCGGAAGGUCUCCGGAGAAUCGAGGAGUAUUUGAGCAGGAAGGAGUCCAGUAAAAGACACGAACACGAAGGAGAUAAUUUUAUGUGCAAUAAGUUCAAAAGCCCUCCCUCGAGUGCAGGGAAAACAAGCAAAUACUGCAACUCGAUCUCCGUGAGUGCGUUUCUGGAUGAUGACGAUGAUGACAUCAGUUUGGAAGAAAUAAAAAACCGACAGAAUGCUGCCCUAAAUAUCAGCAAAUCCCUGGCCGGCUUGAGCAACAGCCCUGGUGCUAUAGAGGAAAACGGAUGUCACAUUCUCCCAGUGGAGAGGGCAGUGGACAUUAUUGAUUCAACGGACGCUCUGAGUUUGCAGACUGAUAAAGAAAUCUCGCCCAGUCUGAAUGGCGUCUGUACUCCCAUUGCUGGUGAGCGACAUUCACGAUCUCAGACAAACUCCAUCUGCGAAACUCUCCUCUCUCCGGUGUCUAACUUAAUGGCCGAGUUUGAGAAACUUUCACUACGAGAUAACGAGGAAGAGAGACAUUUGUUCGGCGAAAGAUCCGCAACCUGUCUGAUGGCAGAACAAGAGUGUGAGGAGAUGGACAGUGAGAAUGAGCCCGACACAGAGUCAGGGGAAGGAAAACUGACACAGGUGUCAGCAGAGAUUGAAAAACCUGCUGCAGGUGACCGAGGUGUGGAGUGUGGUAAAGGAGAUCUCAUUGAGACUGAUAUAGCCAUAACCACACUGGGGGAAGGCAAGACGUCACUCACAGCAACUACAAGCUGCUUCGGGGCAGAAGGCAGUAAUAAAGAGCAACGCAGCACGGCUGAGAUCUCCGAGUAUCUGUCGCACUGCACGGCACAGAUAGCAACUUUACAGCUGGAAACUGAGAGGAACUGUGAUCAAGGCAGUCAUGUGGCCUACAGGACAGAGAGUUCUCCAGCUGGGAGACCACUUCUGACUGUUUCAGCACAGACUGAGCCAAGCCAACUCAACCCUCGUCCUAGUCUGCAACUGGAGAACAUCUGCAAAUUCCCAGAGCAUCUACACCAGCAACUUUCCUGGCACGGCCCAGUGUCGUCAAAAAAAGGAGCCAUGAAGGAGAUGUUUCUAGUUGGUGAUGAACCAAGCAAGCUUGACAGGGAUGUUCUCGCUGCAGUGAAAGGAGUGGACAUCGAUGGACAGAUGUUCCCCUGUUUAAGCCGGUGGAAGACUGGUUUACAGAGCUACUCUGCAUCUGAGAUGGAGAGUUGGCCAAGUCCUGCUGUACUGAAGAGGAGACCAAACAUGCAAUCCCUUACCCCAGGCUCUCCGUGCAGCACUCUGGGCAGACCGAGUCCUCUGUGCUACAGCCCAGCGAAGCACGGCAGUUCCUCUCACUCGGUAGAGGUGGGCAGCCCAGGGCGCUAUAGCCCAGCCUACGCCAGCCACUCUCAGGUGCUGAGGAUUCUACACUUCACUGAACCUUCUGAUCUGUAACCUCUUCUGUUGUUAUGUCACUAAGUGUUCAAAGGUCGGGGGAGAAACAGGGAUAUUAAUCUUCCAAUGUAUUUGUUUGGGGGUCAGCUGGGUAUCUGACACAGGUGGAAACCCAUCAC